CUCAAUUAAUCUUAUCAAUUAACCAUGAAUAUAAAAUUAAUUAGUACCAUAAAUAUAGGGUGGUUAUCAUCACACACUCCUCUCAAAUUUUUACCAUCAAAUCAAAUAAAUUGAAAAAUAUAGUAUAACUCUCUUUCCCCCUCUCUCCUCUAACCCCCAAGAUUUGUUCAAAAUACGAGUUUUUGUUUCUCCGAAUCUCUUCCAAUGGAUCUCCAACAAUCUCAUCAACCUCAGAAGCUCCAAAAUUUCCCCUUUUCAUUUCUAAUCAGAACAGAACUUCGUUACGCAAUCUCUUUCUUCCUUCUCCUAGUUUCUUCCUUGUUUAUUCUCAGUCUCGUAACCCCAUUCGACUCUCAGUUUCUAUCCGAUCAUUUGAGUUUCUUAUCCCAAAUCCUACCAAAAAAUAAUCACAAGUUGCCUCCAGGAACUUGUGAUUAUUCCUACGGCAGAUGGGUCCGCGACAAGACUCAUCCGCUUCAGUCCUACACCGAGAACUGCCCGUUUCUGGACCCUGGCUUCAGGUGCAGCCAGAGUGGUCGAAAAGAUGAAGGUUAUCGGAGAUGGCGGUGGCAACCGGCUGGCUGUGAUGUUUUGAGAUUUAACGCAAGCGACUUCUUGGAAAGAAGCAGAAACGGACGGAUAGUGUUUGCCGGUGACUCCAUCGGAAGGAACCAGUGGGAAUCCAUGCUAUGCAUGCUUGCAGAAGGGGCGUCCAACAAGUCCAGAAUCUAUGAAGUGAAUGGGAACCCCAUAACAAAACACAAGGGUUUUCUGUCGAUGCGGUUCCAGGACUACAACCUCACAGUUGAAUAUUAUAGGGCACCCUUCCUUGUGGUUGUAGGACACCCACCCAAAAAUUCACCAAACCAGGUCAGGACCACAGUUAAGCUCGAUCAAUUCCAUUGGUACUCCAAACGCUGGGUUGGAGCAGAUGUUCUAGUUUUCAGUGCAGGGCACUGGUGGAACGAAGGCAAAACAGCAAAGAUGGGCUGCUACUUUGAGGAAGACGGCAAAGUGAAUUUGACAAUGGGAGCGAUGGAAGCAUUCAGGAGGUCUAUACAAACCUGGAAAUCUUGGGUGCUCAAGAAUUUAGACCCUCGAAGGACUCGGGUUUUCUUCCGAAGCUUCUCUCCGGUGCAUUACAGGAACGGCACAUGGAAUGAAGGUUGUGGGUGUGAUACCUAUUCGGAGCCAGAAACAGACUACAAAAAUCUUGCAGCUGACCCAGUGAAUAAUCUCUACAUUUCUGAAUCAAUCAAACAGUUGGAAUAUGAAAACUGGAAGGUCCAGUUCUUAAACAUCACGUAUCUAACAGACCUCAGGAAGGAUGGUCACCCCUCAAAGUAUCGUGAGCCAGGAACUCCGGCUGAUGCUCCACAAGACUGCAGCCACUGGUGCUUACCCGGAGUGCCUGACACAUGGAAUGAACUUAUUUACGCUACUCUACUGGCAAAAGGAUUCAGAACCAAGUAA